AGGUAGAGAGAUCAGACUUUGAGACUGUAUGUCUGGAAUUCUGAAUCAUAGCAAGCUUCCAAGAAGAGCUAAUCCAGAAUGUUUCAGCAGAGACAGGAGCAGUGCUGUCCUCCACCCCAGCAGUGCUGCCUCCCACGCCAACAAUACUGUCUUCCACCAAAGCAGUACUGUACUCUACCGCAACAGUACUAUCCCUCACCAAAGCAGUACUGUCCCCCACCAAAGCAGUACUGCCCUCCACCAAUGCAGUACUAUACUCUACCCCAACAGUACUAUCCCUCACCAAAGCAGUACUGUCCCCCACCAAAGCAGUACUGUCCUCCACCAAAGCAAUGCUGUCCUCCACCAAAGCAGUACUGUCCCCCACCAAAGCAGUACUGUCCCCCACCAAAGCAGUACUGUCCCCCACCAAAGCAGUGCUGUCCCCCACCAAAGCAGUGCUGUCCUCCACCAAAACAAUGUUGUCCCCCACCAAAACAAUGUUGUCCCCCACCAAAACAAUGCUGACAGCACUCCAGCAAAAGAUCACUCAACGUAAGAGGGUUCCCUCCAGCUCAGUGGAUGAACCAGCCUUGCCAGCUUCCACCCAAGUGCCAGCAGAAGUCUCCACUCCCUCAGCAGUGCCAGAAGUCCAAGCAAAAGUAAGACUGUCCAAGAGAAACAGCAAGAAGUAUCCCCAUUAGAAUCCUCAGACAAGCCUUGUCAGUUCACCAUGCACCUGGAUGCAGCAACACUCCGCUGUGGGGAGGCAGCACCAGGACCGUGCUUUUCUCCUUCUCUCUCUUCUUAAUUAGCAGCUGGUUUCCAUCUCAGACAAGGAUCUGGCUUUAAAACGUCUGCUCAUCUUCAGUGACAUGCUUCUACAUUGCUCUGCUAGAAACUGGAGUACCACAACCAAACAUUCUUUCCCAUCACUCUUUUCAAAUCAUUAAAGUAGUAAAC